CGACCACCGUCUUCCGUCUUGCGAACACGCUGAUCGGGACCGACUUGUACGUGGGUGGGCAAAGCCUUUGCUUUGAAGCUUUGACACGGCGGCGUCAUUCUGUCUGUCUGGCUGUGGUGUCGUGGAAGGAGGGGUACUAAGGUUUGGACGAUGCGGCGCGACUCGGAAAACAAUUGUUGAGGAAGAGAACCCGCGAAUCCGCAAUGCAGAGGGCUGCUGUCGCUUCGGUUGUUGGGGCGCGGAUGUUGAACGAGAUUGAGGAGGGGAGUCUCGAAGAGCUCCUAACAUCGCUUCGCACAAACUUUACAACACUCGCCAACUCCGACUUCAAAGAUGAGGACACCGACACCAACCACAACUCCUCGCAAAAGCUGGUGAUCGCGCCCACAACCACAACCACCAAACCAGAACCGAGACACUUCCCCAUCCCCUUCCUCAACGAGCUAGUCCAGCGCCAUUUCCGCGCCACAUCCACCGCCACCCUCUCCAUCUCCGGCCGCCAUCAUGAACUGCUCUACCUCUUAGUCGCGACCUUGAUCGCCCCUCCGCACCGCAAGACUGUCGCUAUCCUUGAUUUUGACGGUCGAUUCGAUCCGUUACGACUACUUGUGACGACCACUCCGUUCUGCUCUCCCCCUACUGGUACCUCUAGUACCCAUCGCCUCGACCCGUCCGACCUAGACCACGUCCACAUCCUCCGUCCUCCUCCUCGCCGCUCCAAUAAUACUCCCGUUACCCCUCUGCAUACGUAUUUAGUCGGAAUGGAGGAGUGCAUGCUCUACGCCCCGCAUAAAAGUCGGGAACGCGAAUGGUGGGGGACUAUAGUUAUUGGAGGUAGUACUGGCAACACUACUACUGCUAGUACUACCAGCAGUAACAACCACCCCGCGGCAGCCCAGGUUGCGGUAACAGCAGGCCGGCAGGGCUGGUUGCGCGUGGAUAGGGUUGAGGUGACGACGACGGGAGCAGGAGCUUCUUGGACUUUCUGGAACAAGAGUGCGGAAGAGGCGAGGGCGGAGAGAGAGGAGAGGGAGAGGGCGGUGGAAGAGGGCGGGUGGGUUGCUAGUUCGGCUUGGGGGACUUUUGUGUUUGGGUCGGGGAGUGGCUGAAUCCGCUGAUGUGGUGCGGUGCGUGGGAGGGCAAGAAGAUGGAUGACUCGAUGACAGACUUGUUUGAACGGUGAGAUCGCCGGACCGGCAGCGGUUAUUUGGAUUUCACCCAAGUCUUGUCUUCCU